AUGGGAGAAGAAAGACCCUUGAAGAAGUCGAAGAUCCUGGACACGUCCAGUGCAGAGAAAGUAGCCGAGCAGGCGGAGGAUGAGCUGAAGAGACAUCCUCAUGCGCAUGGGUCUGAGCGUUUGGAGUUCCACAACGGUGGUGAGUUUGAAGGGUUCAUUGCGCACGAUACCACUGCCGAGCAGGCUGAGAGGCUGGAGGAUGGUAAGGUGAACCCAUUCACGGGCAACGAGUUCUCGCAGAAGUACUUUGAUAUUCUGAAAGUACGCCGUGACCUCCCAGUGCACGCGCAGAGACAGGAGUUCUUGAACAUUUUCCACUCGACGCAGAUCAUGGUGUUUGUUGGUGAGACGGGUUCUGGUAAGACUACACAGAUCCCACAGUUUGUGCUGUACGAUGACCUGCCACAUCUCAAGGGCACGCAGGUGGCGUGUACUCAACCUCGUCGUGUUGCUGCGAUGUCUGUGGCCGCAAGAGUGGCUGAUGAGAUGGAUGUGUCUCUAGGGGAGGAGGUUGGUUACAACAUCAGAUUCGAGAAUAGAACGUCCAACAAGACCAUCUUGAAAUACAUGACCGAUGGUAUGUUGCUCCGUGAGGCGAUGGAGGAUCAUGAUUUGAAGCGCUACUCAGUGAUCAUUCUCGACGAAGCUCAUGAACGUACCUUGGCAACGGAUAUCUUGAUGGGGUUGAUCAAGCAAAUCACAAAGAGAAGACUGGACCUGAAGAUCAUCAUCAUGUCUGCCACGCUGGAUGCCCUCAAGUUCCAAAAAUACUUCAACGAUGCUCCGCUGUUGGCGGUUCCAGGUAGAACACAUCCAGUUGACAUUUACUAUACACCGGAGUACCAAAAGGACUAUCUCGAUUCUGCUAUGCGUACAGUAUUACAAAUCCAUGCCACUGAAGGCGAGGGUGAUAUCCUAUUGUUUCUCACCGGUGAGGAGGAGAUUGAAGAUGCAUGUAGGAAGAUUUCCCUCGAAGCAGAUGAAAUGAUAAGAGAACAAGGGUGUGGACCUCUCGAUGUUUACCCGUUGUACGGUUCCUUGCCACCACAUCAACAGCAGCGUAUCUUUGAUCCAGCACCAGAGUCUUUCAACGGGCGUCCAGGUAGAAAGGUGAUCGUCUCGACAAAUAUCGCAGAAACCUCUUUGACCAUUGACGGUAUUGUCUACGUUGUGGACCCUGGAUUUUCCAAGCAGAAGGUCUACAACCCUCGUAUCAGGGUUGAAUCUCUAUUGGUUUCGCCAAUCUCAAAGGCCUCAGCUCAACAGAGAGCUGGUCGUGCCGGUCGUACUAGACCUGGUAAAUGUUUCAGAUUAUACACAAAGGAAGCGUAUCAAAAGGAGUUGAUCGAGGCAACGUAUCCAGAAAUCUUGAGAUGUAAUUUGGCAUCUGUUGUCUUGCUGUUGAAGAAAGUUGGUGUUGAUGAUUUGGUCCACUUCGACUUUAUGGACCCACCUGCACCAGAAACAAUGAUGAGGGCUUUGGAGGAAUUGAACUAUUUGGCUGUUUUGGAUGACGAAGGUGAACUGACUGCACUAGGCCGUAUGGCAUCAAAUUUCCCAUUGGACCCCCUGUUGGCGGUGAUGCUCAUUGGUUCUGCUGAUCACAAAGUUUCAGAGGAAAUAUUGACCAUUGUGAGUAUGCUCAACGUCCCAAGUGCCUUUGUGAGACCAGCAAAUGCUCGUAAGUAUGCCGAUGAGGCCAAGUUACAGUUUGCUGACCAGAGUGGUGAUUUCGUCACUUUGCUGAAUGUAUUUGAUGAGUUUUUAAGAGUGAAGACAGAGGAAGGUGGCUUGCAAAAGUGGUGCCGUGACAACUUCGUGUCUUAUAGAACACUGAACCAGGCCGUCAACAUCAGAAAACAACUGGUGAGAUUGAUGGAGAACUUUGAUAUACCACUGAUUUCCACUUCACAGGAUGAGUCCAAGUUCAAUAGAAGAAUCACCAGGGCUCUUCUCGGUGGCUUUUUCAUGCAAGUGGCCAUCAAAGCUGGUAAAGGGUACCGAACCGUGGACGGCCAGGACGUCUUGGUCCAUCCGUCCACGGUGUUGCCAACCAACCCAGAGUUUCUGCUGUACAAUGAACUUGUUCUUACAUCAAAGACCUACGUCAGAACGGUGCAUGCAGUGAAAGGAGACGAACUGAAGAAGUACGAUUUCUUCAGUGAUUACAAGUUCUGA